AAUGUCAUUCUUUCAUCUACUCUGGUACCUUCCAACAAUGCUCCCACAUUACAUUGCCAUGCGAAUCUCAUCUUGUAUACUCCUACUUUGGACCCUGGACUGAUCCAGCCAGCCCUUGUCAGUUAGUUCAGGCUAUGCAAAAACGACAAUGCAUGUCGCCACCAAUCUUGUUCUUGUUCUUGUCAUUGUGUUGCUUGGCUUUGUGCACUGCAAGUCUACGACAACAAUCCCAUAUAAGAUUUGCUAGUGUCUACACCUUAUAAUUCCUUGCAACAAUCCACAAGUGCACAAAGUUCUCCCAGCCUUGACAAGGUGACAGGAAUACUGGAAAUGGCAGCCAGCCUGUGCCGGAAGCCUCACUUCGUGGUCAUCCCAUGGCCAGCCACCAGCCACAUUAUCCCCAUCGUCGACAUCGCCUGCCUCCUCGCCGGGCACGGCGCGGCGGUCACCGUCAUCACCACGCCCGCCAGCGCGCAGCUUGUCCAGGGCCGCGUGGAGCGCGCCGGGCCAGGCUCAUCGGCCGUCACGGUCACCGCGAUACCGUUCCCGGCGGCUGAGGCCGGCCUGCCGGAUGGCUGCGAGAGGCUCGACCACACCCCCUCGGUCGACCUCGUGCCCAACUUCUUCGACGCCACCACGCGAUUUGGCGACGCCGUGGCGCGGCACUGCCGCCGCCUCAUGGCAACGCGCCGGCCGGACUGCGUCAUCGCCGGGAUGUGCAACACGUGGGCGCACGGUCUGGCGCGCGAACUCGGCGCGCCCUGCUUCAUCUUCCACGGCUUCGGCACGUUCGCGCUGCUGUGCUGCGAGUAUCUGAACACGCACCAGCCCCACGAGGCGGUCGCGUCGCUGGACGAGCUCUUCGACGUCCCGGUCCUGCCGCCUUUCGAGUUCAAGUUCGCCAGGAGGCAGCUGCCGCUGCAGUUCCUGCCUUCGUGCUCCAUUCCGGAGGUCCGCCUCCGAGAGCUCCGGGAAUUCGAGAUGGCCGUGGACGGCAUCCUCGUGAACAGCUUCGAAGAGCUGGAACACGGCUCGGCCGCGGGCCUCGCGGCGGCCACGGGCAAGGCCGUGUUCGCCGUCGGCCCGGUCUCGCUUUGCGGCGCGCCUGGCCUCCUCGACUCGCGGGCCGACUCGGAUGACGCCAGGCGGUGCAUGGCGUGGCUGGACGCCAAGAAAGCCAGGUCCGUGCUUUACGUCAGCUUCGGCAGCGCCGGGCGCAUGCCACCAGCGCAGGUGAUCCAGCUCGGGAUGGCGCUCGUGUCGUGCCCCUGGCCUGUCCUCUGGGUCAUCAAGGGUGCAGACUCGUUGCCGGACGACGUCAACGAGUGGUUACAGGACAACACCGACGCCAAUGGCGUCCCGGGGAGCCAGUGCCUUGCAGUUCGAGGGUGGGCGCCGCAGGUGGCCAUCCUGGAGCACCCGGCCGUCGGUGGCUUCCUGACACACUGCGGGUGGGGGUCGACCCUGGAGAGCGUCGCCGCGGGUGUGCCCAUGGCCACCUGGCCGUUCACCGCCGAGCAGUUCUUGAACGAGAAGCUGAUCGUCGACGUGCUUCGGGUCGGUGUGUCCGUCGGCGUGACCAAGCCCACGGAGGGCGUGCUGACCGGUGUCAAAAGCGGCGGCGGCAAGGCGAAGGCAGAUGUGGGAACGAAACAGGUGAAGAAAGUAUUGGAUAUGCUGAUGGAUGGAGGAGUGGACGGGGAGGCUAGGAGGACGAAGGCUGAGGAGCUGAAGGCCAAAGCAAAGGCUGCUUUGCAGCAUGGGGGGUCGUCGUUUAUGAAUCUGCAGAAGUUGAUACAGUUUGCUGGUUGAACAUGGAUUAGUUUCAGGCUUUCAGCUCGUGAAUCAGUUGAUUUCAGCGUAAUAGUUUACAUUGUUUGGAUCUCAAAUGUACUGGUGAUUAAUUUGCUUGAACUAUGCUUAUGUGCCGGUCCGGCUGGGAAGGAAGAAUUAUAAAAUACCUGAAACAAGCAGAUGUUGCAAUUUCCAACCUGUUAUAAAGUUCAGUGACACGCA